AUGCUUUUGUUGGGGGCUACAGCUGUGGCCUGUGCUGGAAUUUUGAUGGCUGUUGCUGCAGCUGUAGUCCAUCUGUUGCAGUUGUGUAUUGUACCUGCACAAGUAAAAGAACAAGAAAAAUUCUGCACAGCAAAAACUGUGCUGUACCUUCUCCUUGUAUGCUGCAUGUUGUUGGAAUUCCAAGCUCAGUUGCUGACACUCCAGCACCAGCCCCUUGAUGUAAGUUCUGGUUGCAUGGAGGAAUUCCACAAGCUGCAAGCUCCAAAUAGUGAAGUGCUCCAUCAUGCCACUGCUGUAAUAUGCAGCACACAUAGCUGGCCCUCCAACUGUGGAUUGAUAUGUUGCAUGUGUACAAGUUCCUGCAUAGUCAAAAAGUAG